AAAUAAUGUAAUCGGGGAGAUAAAACUAGUAUACAAAUUUCCAACAUAAAGGUGAUAAAAAGCACUAGAUUAUCCUGGUGAUAUGCUGUGAGAAUUCAUAAGAAGGAGAUAUUGCAUGACCAGAGCAGUCAUUGUCACGUCAUAUCAUAUGAAUGACCAAAUAUGUAUUUCCCAGGUAUUGUUGGUCUUCAUCCACAGUUCCUGAGAACACUGAAGAGUCUUACGGGUGUUUUGUUAUGUUAGACUUUUGGACGCCCCCAUCCAAUGGCAGGACUGGAGACUGAAUCAGCUGAUGGCCAGUAAUUUAGUUAAUCAUGACUUUGCAAUGAAGCCCUCACAAAAACCCGUGAGAAGAGCUUGCUCUCUCUGCUCUGCUUUGCCUGCUCUGCUUGGUUGGAUCCUGCUUCUUGGUCAGAGACCUUCUAAGCUUGGGGAACCAGAACGCCUCCACAUGCCACUGAGCCAGGCCCCAAGCUCCAUAAGGAUAGAAGCUCCAUUAUUUGGGACGUUGCCCUAUGUCUCUUCAUCAGGCUGUUAACUUGUAUCCUUUAUGGUAUCCUUAUUACACUGGUAAAUGCAGACCUCCAGCACACAUGAAUAUAGUUACCAAAUCAAGAAGUUUGCGACUAUUGGGAGCUGACAAAGCAGAAACAACGAAAGCCAUUCAGUGAAAAUACAACUGUUUCUUAUUCUAAGCUAUUAUUUCAUGUUCAACAGAAGAUUGUUUAAAAAUAAAAGUAGGCAUCAGCAUAGGUAGGAUCCCAGACUGAAGGAAACUCCACCAUCCUAUAGCUGCAGCAUCUGAAAUGCACAGCCUCCUUGGCUACCAAAUCGGAAUAGAAAGAUUGGAGCACUGUGCCAUCUUCCCAGUGCCUCAGACUGAAGUCACACACAUCACCUCAGCUCAUGUUCUGUUGGCUAAAACCAGUUUAUGACCCUGCCUAACUGCACAGGGCUGGAAAAUGUUAUGUUCUAUGUGCCCAAAAGGAGAAGAAAACUGGCUUUUUCAGGACGCUGCCCUUGUCCAAGAGAACCGUCUAAAGAAAUCAGAGCAGCUAGGGAGUUCUAAAAGCCAUGGCACAGGGAUUGGUGACAUUUGGGGAUGUGGUCAUAGAGUUCUCUCCGGAGGAAUGGAAGAGCCUGGAACCUGCCCAGAGAGACCUGUACAGGGAUGUGACUUUGGAGAACUUCAGUAACUUGGUCUCACUAGGACUUUGCAUUUCUAAGCCUGAUGUCAUUUCCUUAUUGGAGCAAGGGAGAGAACCCUGGAUGAUUGCAAAUGAUAUGACAGGACCUUGGUGCCCAGACUUGGAGUCCAGCUGUGAGAAAUUUCCACGAAAGGGUAUAUUUGAUGUAGAGUCAUUCAGGUGGGAGAUAAUGGAAAGCCUUAAAUGCUGUGAUUUGGAGGGCUCCAGUUUUAGAGAUGACUGGGAAUACAAAGGCCAGUUUGAAAGACACGUUACUCAGGAGUGCUUUUUCAAGCAAGUGAAAAACAUGUAUGAAAAUAUCCCCACUUUUGAGCGUCAUACAUCCCUCACUCUACACCAGAACAACAGGAAUGGCGAGAAACUGGUUGAAUGUAAUGAAUGUGGGAAAGCAUUUAGCCGUGGCUCACAUCUUAUUCAACAUCAGAAAACUCAUACUGGUGAAAAACCCUUUGAAUGUAAGGAAUGUGGGAAGGCUUUCAGUCGUGCCUCACACCUUGUUCAACAUGAAAGAAUUCAUACAGGUGAGAAACCUUAUGACUGUAAGGAAUGUGGGAAGGCCUUUGGUCGUACUUCAGAACUAGUUCUGCAUCAGAGACUUCAUACUGGUGUCAAACCAUAUGAAUGUAAAGAAUGUGGAAAGACAUUUAGACAGCGUUCACCACUUGUUCUGCAUCAAAGAACUCAUACAGGUGAGAAGCCCUAUAUAUGUAAAGACUGUGGGAAGGCUUUUAUUCGUGGCUCACAACUUACUGUUCAUCGGAGAAUUCAUACCGGUGCUAGACCCUACCAGUGUAAAGAAUGUGGAAAAGCCUUUAGACAGCAUUCACAACUGACUAUACACCAGAGGAUUCAUACUGGUGAGAAACCCUAUGAAUGUAAGGAAUGUGGAAAGGGUUUUAUUCAUAGCUCAGAAGUUACUCGACAUCAAAGAAUUCAUUCUGGGGAGAAACCCUAUGAAUGUAAGGAAUGUGGGAAGGCUUUCAGACAGCAUACACAGCUUACUCGACAUCAGAGAGUUCAUACUGGUGACAGACCUUACGAAUGUAAGGAAUGUGGGAAGGCCUUUAGUCGUAGUUCAUACCUUACUGAACAUCAAAGAAUUCACACAGGUGACAAACCUUAUGAAUGUAAAGAAUGUGGGAAAGCCUUUAUUCGUGUUUCACAACUGACUCAUCAUCAGCAAAUUCAUACUUGUGAGAAACCGUAUCAAUGUAGGGAAUGUGGAAUGGCCUUUAUUCGUAGUUCACAACUUACUGAACAUCAGAGAAUCCAUCCUGGUAUCAAACCUUAUGAAUGUAGAGAAUGUGGGCAGGCCUUUAUUCUUGGCUCACAGCUGAUUGAACACUACAGAAUCCAUACUGGUUAGAAAGCCUUGAAUGUUAGGGGUAUAGGAAAGCUUUAUGUAAAGUUCACACCUGACUCAAGAUUAGAUAAUUUUUAAUGUAAUUAAUGUCAGAAAACCUUCAUUUGUCACUUCUGUUAUGGAACAUCAGAUCAUGCAUACCAGAGAAAAUUCAAUAAAUGUGGGAAUUCCUUUUG